GGGAAAACAGCCACGAAAGGCAGACAGGCCGGCACUCUCUCAAUUAGCAUCAUGAAGAGCCUGUCGUUUGCCGUCCUCGCCAUGCUCGCCGCCUUUACCAUGGCUCAGGUAAGUGACGUGUUGGCAAGGGAGAGGAGCCGGGCAGGAUACACGCCGACGCGCUGGUUUUACUUGUGAUAUGUGCUUGCGUGCAGAGGGCCGCGGCCGCCGUGGAUGAGACCACACGUGAGUGAGACACGUUACAGCGCCAUGCUCAGUCUGCACACGAUGUCAUCUCGAUGGCCCGUCCAUGUGUGCUCUGGCGCAGCCAAGCCAGCCGAGGAGGAGAAGUGCUGCUGGGAGUGCCAUCUCUUCGACUUCCAUUGCUGGAAAAACGAGUGCCGAUGGGACGCCUGCACUGAGGAGUGGAAAGAGGAGCAUCCCGAGGAGGCGGCCCUGGCCGAACAGAAGAUGGAGGCAUGCGCACACCUGCAGAAUGGGGGUAGCGAAGCAUGUAAGUACGUAGGUCUUAAUUAAAUGCCAAGGCGCGAUGGAUACCUACCGGCAAGGCAACCCCGCACAUGUUCGUUCGUGUGUUUGUCAUGUCUGUUUGCAGAUGCUCAGCUCCGCCUGGGCAAUUCGGCACCUCUCAGCGUGACGCGAACGGAGUGCGAGGCCCUCAGGAUGAACAUCGAAGCAGCCACGCGCCCUCGUACGUUCAACCAGCAGAGGCAUACGCGUGUGUGUGAGCCGACCAUUGUGUAUGUCAGGUGAUGACUUCGGUGACUGCUGCUGGAAGUGUCAGAUCUGGGACCAUGAUAGCGACUGCUUUGAAGACUGCUUCUGGAAGAUGUGGUGCUAAUUCUGCGCACCCUGGUACUCAUUAAUGCUGAUCGCACGUGACAACUCAUAUGCGUCGACCGUCCUGCUUGCAGGUCAAGGGCGCAUCCAUCCAGGCACGCCAUCUCAUGGGUGCCUGCCUUGUGGCUCCACUGUAAUAUUUUUCUCGCCUUUCAUACAAAGGGGGGAGAGAGCGCAGGGCUGCUCGUGCGCCUGUCUGUGCAUGUGUGCGUGGGGGGGUGGGUGAGUGCGAGUCCUUGUCCGUUGUGUCUUUGACCGUGCCGCCUGUCAUGUCCGCUUGGGUGUCUAUUUGUCUGCUGUGACGAGAAAGUGGCACACGUGUAUUUCACAUGAUGGUUGAUGCACAAUUAGCAAGCUGCAUCUCUCCUCUCUGGCCCUUUUCUGAGUGGUAUUGGUGGAUGGGGCCACCGCCCAUGAUUUUCUUCUUGCCUCUUGCUUUGCUCUUGCUUUUUCGCUGGCUAUUUGUCGUUUCCUGCAUACAGACUCACGCUCGUACUCACACUUGUGGUCUUUCCGUUUUCCUUCUGUCUGUCGCUUGCGAAUGUCUGUCAUUUGCGUGAUGGUCUGUCUCCUAUUUUUCAGGGAGACUUCUCUCUGGCUUCUCUUUGACGAAAGCCCUUACCUACGAGAUAGCGGUAUGUGCCUGACCAGGGCGAUCGACAUACGUACGUACAUACCUGCAUGUCAUGUGGAUGCUCACACAUGGACACGCUCCUCCUCUGUGCUUGCUUCUUUUUCCGCUCGGUAUUUCUCGUCUCACGGGACGCAUGUAUGCGUCAAGGUUCUUGUGGCACUGCCUCCUUUCCGCUUCUUCCUGUUGCUUGCGAAUGUCAUUUGCACAACGGCUUGGGUGUGCUAUUUUCUCCCGCUUGCAGAGAUGGCGUUGUCUGUUCGGUGCGUGUUGCUGUUCGUGAAUGAGAGAGGCAGAUGAAUGAGUGAAUGCAGAGACCCAAGAGAUGGAAAUACCGGCAUGUUGUGCGUGAUGCUUGUGCGUGAGUUGUGCGUCUGCGUCAUGUCGUGUGUGGAUGUUUGUUGGCCGGUUUGGCAUGCUCCAAAUCGAGUGCCUCACCGGUCGGUUGGCUCACUGAUGGCUGCUGCAUGGAGACAGACAGACACUGGAUUGACGGCAAUGAAAUGACUGACACAUGGAGGUCUUCUUCCUUGGCUGGACCGAAUACAUGUGGCACAAAUGGCAUCUCGCGGACGGCAGAAAUCGAGAAGGCAGACAUGUGAUGAAACAGAGAGGUGUGAGUGGCUGUCGACCAGUCAGUCUGCUUGAG